AUGGGCAAGUCAGAAAGUCAGAUGGAUAUAACUGAAAUGAACUCUCCAAAACAAAAGAAAAAACUGCGAUGCAGCGCCUUGGAAAUCGGACUCGCUGUUGUGGUCAUUCUCCUUGCAAUCGUAGCCAUCACCAUGAUCAUUCUGUAUGCGACCUAUGAUGAUCAUGUUUGUAAAAGUUCAGAUUGUAUAAAAUCAGCUGCCCGAAUCAUUGAAAACAUGGAUACUACUGCAAAACCUUGUGACAAUUUUUAUCAGUAUGCCUGUGGAGGAUGGUUGAAGAAGAACAUUAUUCCAGAAACAAGUUUCCGUUACAGUAACUUUGACAUUUUAAGAGAUGAACUAGAAGUUGUUUUGAAAGAUGUCCUAAGCAAGGAAAAUAAUGAGGACAUACAAGCUAUUAAGAAAGCAAAAACUCUCUACAGAUCUUGUAUAAAUGAAACUGCCAUUGACAGCAGAGAAGGAAAACCACUGAUAGACAUAUUGCCGUCUAUAUCGGAAUGGCCUGUAGCAUCAGACAACUGGGACCACACUUAUGGUGUCUCUUGGACAGCUGAAAAAACAAUUGCGCAGCUAAACUCUCAGUAUGGGAAAAGGGUCAUCAUUAAUGUGUAUGUUGGUACAGAUGACAAAAACUCCUCACGACACAUAAUUCAUAUUGAUCAACCUGGACUUGGACUCCCUUCCCGUGACUACUAUGAAUGCACUGGAGUAUACAAGGAGGCAUGUUCAGCCUAUGUUGAAUUCAUGAUUUCUGUAGCAAAGCUGAUCCGCCAAGAAAAAAAGCUCACUGUCAAUGAGGAAGCAAUUGCUACAGAAAUGAGAAGAGUAAUGGAUCUGGAAAAAGAGAUUGCAAAUGCUACAACCAAAGCUGAUGACAGAAAUGAUCCACUUCUGCUAUACAAUAAAUUGACAGUCACCGAUGUGCAAAAUAACUUCUCUUUGGAAAUCAAUACCAAGCAAUUCAACUGGCUAACAUUCAUAGAUGAUAUAAUGUCAACUGUGCAAAUUCGUAUUGCAAAUACAGAAGAUGUGAUCGUUUAUGCUCCAGAAUAUCUGACCAAGCUAAAAUCUGUUCUUAAGAAAUAUACUGUCAGAGAUAUUCAAAACUACAUGGGCUGGCGAUACAUAAUGGAUCUGGUAAACAGUCUAGGACGUAACUACAAGGACACAAAGAACGCUUUUCGUAAGGUGCUCUAUGGCACAACCUCCGACACUGCUGUUUGGCGCCGUUGUGCAAACUACGUUAAUGGCAAUAUGGAGAAUGCUGUGGGAAAGCUGUAUGUGAUGGAAGCAUUUUCUGGAAACAGUAAACACACGGUGCAAGAUAUGAUUACACAGAUCCGUGAAGUUUUUAUAGGAACACUAGAUGAUCUCCCUUGGAUGGAUGCAGAAACCAAAAAGAAAGCAGAAGAAAAGGCUGUAGCUAUUAGGGAAAGAAUCGGUUACCCUGAUGAGAUCAUGACGAAUGAUACCAUGCUCAAUGAAGAAUACAAAGAACUGAAUUACAAAGAAGAUGAAUAUUUUGAGAACCUUAUUCAGAACUUAAAGUUUAACCAGAAAGAAAGACUGAAGAAGCUUCGAGAAAAGGUGGACAAGGAAGAGUGGAUAAGUGGAGCAGCUGUAGUCAAUGCCUUUUAUUCAGCAAGCAGGAAUCAAAUUGUCUUUCCAGCAGGCAUUUUGCAACCACCUUUCUUUGGUGCCUCUCAGCCUAAAUCCUUGAAUUAUGGCGGCAUUGGCAUGGUCAUUGGCCAUGAAAUCACUCAUGGCUUUGAUGAUAAUGGUAGAAAUUAUAAUGAGAAUGGGGACCUUGUAGAGUGGUGGAGUCAAGAAUCUGCUAAAAAUUUUAAGGACCAAACUCAGUGCAUCGUAUACCAAUAUGGAAACUUCACAUGGGAUCUGGCUGAUGGACAACAUCUCAGUGGAAUCAACACGCUUGGCGAAAACAUUGCAGAUAAUGGUGGCAUUAGACAAUCAUACAAGGCCUAUCUGAACUACGUAAAAGAGAACGGAGAAGAGAAACUGCUUCCUGGUCUUGACUUCACCCAUAAGCAGCUGUUCUUUCUGAACUUUGCACAGAUAUGGUGUGGAACAUACAGGCCAGAAUAUGCUGUCAAUGCCAUCAAAACAGACGCACACAGCCCAGGCAAAUUCAGGGUCCUAGGGACAUUGCAGAACACGCCCGAGUUUUCGGAGGCCUUUAAAUGCACCAACACAGAAUACAUGGAUCCUGUGAAAAAAUGCCGUGUUUGGUGACAAAGGUACAAAGAGUACAACCUGAGAAGGACAAGCUUCCCAGAAGUCUGGAACAUUCUGAGGGUGGCAGGUGUGAACUGGCUCCAAAAGGAACAAUAACAGAGACUUCAAAUCAAGUGCACCAAAGCAAUGCAUUCUCCAGAAAAGGGAAAAGGAAAGGAAAAAAAGAUGCUAAAAGCAGCAAAUGCCAACUACUACUCCAACUAAACUCGGGAAACUUAAAAACCACUGCAUACCUAAGGCUUCUUCACUUUUCAACAAUGUUACGGUUUAAUUCUGAUUGUCAUUUGGCCGGCAGGUUUUAUGUCUUAGCUUGUUCAUCAAUACUUGCUUGAAAGCAAGUCCCACUGACUUCAGUGGAACUUACUUCCCUGGAAGUGUGCUUAACAUCGCAGCCUUAACUACCUACUGUCCUGUGAAUGUGUACUAAUACAUCUGAUCAGACAAAAGAAAGCUAUACCAAGUGACAUGUUAGCGUGGACAGAGAUCAGAACCAUGAGUCAAGAGUUUGCAUCAAGAGCGUUGAAUUCAGUUAACAUCCUUGUUUUUCAGAGAAGGCCUUAGAAAUUGCAGGGCCAGAUCAAAGAGAGAUCUGCUGACGCCCUCAUAUUCAGUGUGUGCAAACACUCCAACUGAGUGCAUUCGAAAACUUCAUUCACACCUAGACAACCUCAUGCAAUAACAGCUAUGACCCCAUCUAGUCACAUGUAACAACUGAUGGCCCCACAUAAAACCUCAUUAAUAAAAAAGAUGCACCCAGCCAAACCAGCAACGCAGGUGGGGAUCUGCACCCAGAUUUGCAAUGGCCUUCAAAAUAAUGCUGACAUGUACUCAUUUUGUUCGCAGGAUCAGGGCAUAUGUGUUUGGUACUGUCUCCCACGCCCUGUUUAGCCGCUCCACUUUUGAUGGAGGAAAAGCCACCAAAUAGGCCUUCUUCCUCACUGCUUCUGCUGCUUUUGUCUUGAUGAAAUGAGUAGUGAAGGAAAGUUUUUCUCCCUUCUGCCUUUAUUACAUAACACUUGUAGGGCCUCUGUCCAUGCAGGGUGCAUGUAACCCGUAGACUCCACUCUAAGGCCUCUUUUGUUUUGUUCCAUUUUUAUUUGAAACCAUUCACAUGAGAAUAACCCAAAGAUUAACAGUACAUUACUGAAGUGAUGAAAUAUUGACCAAAUUUUUUGUUUGCUGCUUUCCAGUCAAAAUGAUACUGUAGAUAAUCUGUUAUUUUUUUAAGCAUAUCUUGUAAUCUCUACAGGUAUACUCAGAAAAUCCAUCUUUUUUCUAAGAUAUUCCUGCCUUAUCUCAAAACUUGGUCUCUUUUUGAGGGGGUGGGAAGAAAAAAUAGUAUUUGUAAUAAUAUAUAAGAUCAUGCUUUUUAUAUUUAAUUCUGAACGACAUGGGACACAAAUUGUUAUAUAUUAUUACAAGUAGAUGUCAUUGGGGUGUCAGGGUACAAAGCACUCAACAAAUGGUUAACUUUCAAACCAGAGAUCUCUACUAGUAGGGUAUACAAACUGAUGACUAAUUUUGAGAUGAACUCUUAGAGACCAGUUCUACAAAUACUGGCAACUAUAUACCUAAUGUGUGUGAUGUUCUUUUGAACUAACAGGACCUUUUCCUCCAGUAAAUGUUACAGAUGUAACCAUUUACAUAUCUGGACUCCUAAUAGUACAAAAUCUGCUACAAUAGUUUUCAAUUGCCUUCCAGCAGAUGGCCAAUGAACAUAUUGCUUCUGGUGCUGAAGCUUAUUGGGGUUUCCAAAAUAAAUAAAUACCAGAUACCUCCGAUGACUUGGAUGGGACUGUUUCUGAGCAUUUGAACACUUUGGGUGCAUUUUACUUUUCAAAUUUGUCAUCUGAUGAAACAGUUUGAUAAUUAAAUAUAAACUACAUGCUCCUUAUUGCCUAUAA